AUGGAGGAGAAGAACAAAGAUAAGGAGAGAAAAUCGUUUACAUUCGAAGACGAGGAAGAAGAAGAUCUAGAAAAUAGCAGUAAGUACGAGAACGACAGUGACACUGAUGAUCAAAGCGAUAUCGGAGAUCUUCCUGGUGACGAUGAUAACGAUGACCCUUUCAUUUCUCAGGUUCAAUGGCCUCAAAGCUUUAGGGAAACGACUGAUUCUUAUACGAUUGCUGCAUCACCAAUCUUUGGGUCUCUCAAGAGUAAUCCAAGUUUUUACAGACAGAGCAAAAGUAAUCUAGAUGUUGAAUCUAAAGUCCCUUUGCUCCCUGAGAGAAACGAAGAACCAGACAAAGCUUCAGCUACACAAUCAGUUUGGUCUCAUAAAGGCUCAUUUGCUGAAGAAUUACCCAUUGGUGGUUAUGGAUGCAGCUUCACUCAAACCAUUUUCAAUGCGAUUAAUGUAAUGGCUGGAGUUGGACUUUUAUCAACACCUUAUACUGUGAAAGAAGCUGGUUGGGCAAGUAUGGUGAUUCUUCUCAUGUUUGCGGUUAUUUGUUGUUACACUGCUACUUUAAUGAAAGAUUGUUUCGAGAACAAAUCCGGUAUUAUCACUUAUCCUGAUAUUGGAGAAGCAGCUUUUGGGAAAUAUGGUCGUAUUCUUAUUUGUGUGCUAUUGUACACUGAACUUUAUUCAUAUUGUGUUGAAUUCAUCAUUUUGGAAGGAGAUAACCUUACCGGGCUUUUCCCUGGUACAUCCAUGGAUUGGCUCGGUAUCCGUCUUGACUCUAAACAUUUGUUUGGAAUUUUAACUGCUCUCAUUGUUCUUCCAACUGUUUGGUUGAAGGAUCUUCGCAUCAUUUCGUACCUCUCAGCCGGUGGAGUUAUUGCAACUGUUUUGAUAGCAGUAAGCACGUUUUUCCUCGGGACAACGGGCGGGAUUGGGUUUCAUCACACCGGUCAUGCUGUGAAAUGGAACGGGAUACCGUUUGCAAUUGGUAUCUACGGAUUUUGCUAUUCAGGCCAUUCUGUGUUCCCAAAUAUAUACCAAUCCAUGGCUGAUAAAACCAAAUUCAACAAAGCAGUGAUCACAUGUUUCAUUUUAUGUGUUUUGAUCUACGGAGGAGUUGCAAUCAUGGGCUAUCUCAUGUUUGGUGAAGCCACCUUGUCUCAGAUUACACUAAACAUGCCAAAAAACCAAUUUUUUUCACAAGUGGCGCAAUGGACAACGGUUGUGAAUCCGUUUACGAAAUACGCUCUCUUGAUGAAUCCACUUGCAAGGAGUAUAGAAGAACUAUUACCCGAAAGAAUCUCAGAGAACAUAUGGUGCUUUAUUCUUCUAAGAACAGCACUCGUCGCUUCUUCUGUUUGUUCUGCUUUCCUUCUCCCAUUUUUUGGUAAGAACAUUAUGCUAGAAAGGUCUUGUGAUGGCUCUGAUAGGAUCUCUUCUCAGUAUACUUGUGGCAAUAGUAAUGCCAGCUUUAUGCUUCAUAAAGAUCAUGGGGAACAAAGCUACAAGAACACAGAUGAUUCUGAGUUCAAUAAUAGUGGCGAUUGGGUUGGUAAGUGGGACUUUAGGGACAUACUCGUCGGUUGCAAAGAUCAUUAG